AUGAAGACAGUACGGAAGACCUACUAUGACCCGAUGGCCACUACAACGGCUGAAAUAGGCGAGAUUCUAAAGGAUCUCCCUGUCGGCUCGGCCCAUCCCUAUAGUCCAGAAAAAGUCCUUGUAUGUCGAACAGAGGAGGGCGUGAAGAAGAUUGAUAUUUCGGAACAUCCAGAGGAAUUCUUCUUCAAUGCUGUUGAUCUGGGAGAAAUGGGUGAAGUCCUGCUGCGGCGAAUGGCAGGCUUCCCAGCGCUAAAGUGUUUUGAAGAGUUCCAAAUCAUGCAGGCUCCCGCGUCGACAUUUCGCAUCCCGCUAGUGUCCGGCCAGAUCACCAUCCUGGCGGUGUCGGAGCGAACCCCUACUUACUAUGACUUUUGUUUUGCUGAUGAAGACUGCAACGCAUGUUGUUGGCUUGAAAGAGAUACCUUCUCCGGCAUAACACACUCGGGAGAUAUUACUCGUGACAACGAUCUACUUGAUUACGUCAAAAUCUACCCAGAGCGUCUUACAAAGAAGGACAUUUGCGUCUUCAUCUCUGGGUAUACAAAGGUCCAAAUCACACGAUUCCUGGGCACACAUCCCGCUCUACUUGUAGCUGACCAUGUUGACAAGAUCCUCUACAUUGUUCCGGUGCCGCUGGACAGGGCCACGAUUGGAGAAGCAACAAUCUGCUGCCCGCUGGUCAUUAGAGCCGAUAAUGACUCUCUCAUCUGCUCUAUCCUGCCGACGGCGACUACUGAUGUAGACAUGUACUGCAAUUCAAAGAAGCUCCAGUCCGACGCAUUCCCGGAGGCCAUUAAGAGAGCCAACUUCACCAUUGAGGAGCGUGCGCCUCCGACAGAGCUACAAACAACCGAUGUAACUUCGACUACACAAAAUACUGAGCUCUCAGAGUCAACGGUGGAUAAGAAGAACGUUGUAUUCACAACGCACUCGGUAUCGCUUCCAAAGUGUCUGGAUAUUCCAAACUCACAAAUCGUCCACUUUGGCAAGAGUCUAGAGUUCCAGAAGGACGGUCAAGACGCAUUUGCCGGCGAUGAAUCUUCUACGGUAAUCCUGCCGUGUCUCUUUGGGUCUAUUCUUGAGGGGCCGCUGCUACUGGCUAUGGGACGCGUGCCGGCAUCGCUCCCAUUUACAGAUGCAAAGGCACUCCAGGCGUAUUACGCCUCUACUACAAGCGCAGUUUUCAUUGUCAAUGAUAAGAUGACUGACAACUGUCGCAACGUGGCCCCGUCUCUGAGAAUGAACGGCGUCUUUGUAGUGCAACUACAUCCGGCGGAACAUCCUAAGGAUAAAGCGGCGGUUCUCGAGAUGCUGAAUUCGGCCAAUAUCAACGCCGUAACUGCGCUGGCGGGACCACAGUCCCUAGUUCUGGUCCAAAUCAACGAUACCUUUUAUUUCUACCGGGGCCUAGCAAAUCUGGUCCAUCUUGACACAACUAGUCUUGACUUUGGGCACGACGUCACCGCUAUUGUCAACUCGGUCGGACUAGAGGCUCUGCUUGAUACGAGAGUUCCCAGAAUCGUCGAUCUUGAUGCUGACAACACAGUAAUUCUCGCAGCCUCAGGCCAGUUUGUUAAGCCCAAGGCUCUUUUCGAUAUCUUCCAAGGCCUUUCUCUUGAAGAGACAGAAGCCGUGACAAAGGAUAUUCAAACAGUGAUUCCACAGAUCCAGGUGCUAUUUAACCAAGCCAGCCUUCAAUCACUCCUUGCGAGCCUAGUCGACCAACUCACUGCAAAGAUCAACGCAGCCACCGAGGAGUCACGGACUGCGUAUAUGAAUUUCAUGGUGAACGAAUUCGACGCAGGAAAUAACGAUCUACUCAAGCAACGGGCGGCACUGCUAGGAGACCUAAAGAAGGGAAUCAAGAAGGCCCGGGCGGCCAUGGAGCCUGUCAUCUCGUGCUUGGCCAACAUCAUCUCAGUCCGGGCUACUUCCAAGCGAACGCACGAUCUGGCGCGGCUGGCUCGCCACAAUAAGAUCUAUAGUAAUGUCGAGGCGACCAAGAGCAUGACUUUUGAAACUCUUGGAGGUUACCUCGAGGACCAUGCAAGUGAUAUGGGCGUCAUGCUGCUCAACAUAGAAACUGGGCCGUACACAACGCUGCUGAACAAUCUGAACAAUCCGAAAAUCAGUACCGAGGAUUGUUGCACACUUGACUCUCGUAUCCUAUACCUGGAGGGCCUGGACGCCAGUAUUGUGAUGGAGCAGUCUCAGGCUCAGCAUAGUGGUCCGCUGGCAUCGGCGAGCGGUGCCUCGCAGCCGAUUAUGGCGCUUCCGUACCUAAACCAGAGAGCUGGUCAUGGGUCAAUGAUUGCGUGGGUUUGCUGGGACGAGUUUGUGAAUCUUGAAAGUCCGUACACAGUGCGAUGGAUGGAGAAGUGCAAUGACGGCCAUAUUGCUGCGCUGCGAAUCAUUAUGCGAAGCACACUCAGCAAGGCAAUUGCAUCCCGAGAGCUACAACUAGAGCCUGGAAGUCCUCAAGUAGGCGCGCUGAUGAGCUCUCUACUGAUGGCCGCCAUGACGAAGCUUGCUGCUACAAAGUCCACCAUUCCUAGCGUCGUUGCGCAGGCUGACGAUACCACGACGAGACUGAUGCGAGGACUCUUUGGUAAUCUCCUCACUAUUGCGGGCUCAGGAGUACGUCCCCAGAGCCUGGUAUGGCAACUACUCGGGCAAGAUGCCAACUUUGAUCUUCCGUCGACCGAUGUCGAUUGGUCUUGGUAUGAGGCUGUCCUUCGCCUGUUCCCAUACACGGCAUGGGACCCUGCCAGACUUCACGAGAAUCUGGGACGGUUCAUGGAUAAACUCAUUGUGAGGGUGGUCACCAAGGGUGAAGAUCUAUCUGCUGCAAAUACAGCCCGUCUCACCGACAUUGUCGAGUUCUGCCGACUUCGCAACAUCGUUCUCUUUCAUUCACGAACCAUUGUCACUAUCAUGCAAAAGAUGCUUACCGAUCCUGAAGCUGACAAGGCGGCCAUCGCAACCCGUCUGCUCCGACAUCUACCCCCCACUCUGAACCGAGAAACAAGACAGUACAAGAGAAUGAUCCAGUAUCUGAAUCGUCUAGCUGCCGGAGGCUCCAGAAACCAAGACGACGAUGCUGACUUGGCCAAUGCAUACACUAGACGGUCAGCAGUAUUCAGCGAGCUUAAGAAUCAAGCAGCCAUGGCUUGUCUGCGGAUGGAUUGGGACGAAGCCAAGACUGCGUGUAGCGCAAUCCUAGCAAAGCAUGCUGAGAUCGCUGCUCUCUGGGGAAUAGAUCCCAAGAGACUUCUCCUACAAAACAUAACAGCGCAUCGAGGAGUUGUCGAUGGUGGUUUUGCAGAGGAGACCGGCGUGGAGGCCGAUGUAGAACAGAGACUCCAGGAAAUUUAUUAUACGAGACAAGUGAUUGGCGAUGCGGAGAGGAAGCGUCAGCCGUGGCAAGUUGGUCGAGAGGGCGAAUUCAGUCCCAAGAUCGAACCGCUGGAUGAAGACUUUAUCCUGGCCAUGCUCACCGGUGAAGGAGAUGAUAUUGAUGCUCCAGAGCCUGGGCAAGAGCCGGGUGUAGCUACCGAAAAGACUAACGAGAACGAAAACAAGGUUGUCAAGUUAAGCGAUGCAUUUGAGGAGUACAAGGAUGCGCUUAGACCGUCGUUUGUCAAGACGAUGCAAGCGGAAACCAUGAGCACGGCGGAUGUGUGCGAGGUUCUUCACAUUUCGGAGCCUGCUAUGCGCCAGGUUGUCAAGGCCCUCAACCCAGAGUUUGAUUGGGACAACCUGGGGAUGAACCUCCAAAAGGUGGUUCUGACGCUACUGAAGAACCGGUCCGCCAGAAUUGAGAGCCAGCCGGUCAAGCAGCUACUUGACAUGGAAACAAAGAAGCUAAUUACGGAAACAUAGCAUAGCAGACUAGAAUCUGAAUAAAACCCCCGAUAUAAGUUAGAGGUAGCUGAUUGGUUAGGACUAGUUGUCUAUGUAAGAAGAUGUUUUGUAAGGGUCCCAAUUCGGCCCGUUGGAUCGGUUUCAUCAUUACAAAACUAGCGUAGCAAAGCCAAUGCUGUUGUUGAGGCCGUCCCAGGUAGUAUAGUAUCGAGAAAGAAGGGGGGCACCAAGAAUAAAGACGGAGUGUUUGCUGUUACUUCCAUGUGAGAGAGAGCUGAAGACAGCCUGGCACAUGCCCGGCUGGCCCUCAUACGGUCCCAGAUUAAAGGCCUCCUUGGGCACAGUGGCAUCGAACGUAUACUUUUUGGAGCCAAGUUUGAAGGUCAUAUCAACAGCAAGCGAAUCAAUGAUAUCGCAUGGGGCACCCCACGAGCCACCGUCGUCAAGAGGCUUGAUCUUGGACGAGAUGGAGGCAUAGAUGGCCUUGGUGGUGUUGGCAUCGGCGGUGAAAAAGGGCGUGCCGGUGUCGAGGACGGUCGUGGCAGAAGGGAUUUGAAAGGUCUUGCCAUUCAAAGAGAGGCCCGAAAGAGGUACUUCCCAUUGGCCAGCGCCUCCUGUAUAGACCUGGGUGAACUUGCCAGUGUAUCGGGCUGGGUUAGUGCCGCCAAACGUGGCCUCGGCUCCCGUGGCUCUACCGGGCGGGUAGUAGAAGGAGACGACGGGGUCUUUGAUUUGUUCGUACGAGUACAGCUGCCAGAACCAAGACAGCUGGCUUGGAAGACCGGAGACACGCAUAGGUCCCAUACCCAUGACACCAUCCAUGGGAACAUCCUGCAUGAAGUCAGGGUACUCGUCGCAAAGGAGGAAUUGCUGAGCAGGGACAGAGAGGUUGGCAACGCCUAUAGUAUCGUUGACAAUUAUACCCGACACGCUCGCGUCCUUUUGAAGCAGCGAUGAUGUAUCGACUCCAGUGUCAUAACCAAAAGACUGAGGGAUACCAGGCUCGGCACCAAACGUUUUGGAUUUUGUUGGAUCAAAGCGGGCGGCUUUACCGCAAGACUUGCAGUCUUUGGAUGCAAUGAACAUGUCGUAAGAUCCGGUGUCUAGGAUGAUGUUG